AUGCUCGAAAUGCGACCAAAUGUUGGACAUGGCAUCAAAGACAUUACCAGGCAAUCCAUUGACCAACUGUCAACGGAUUGUGACACGGAAUGCACCAAAGUGUGGGAGGAAUUCGAGAGUUUCGUUGAAGAGACACGGCUUAAGUUGGGAAAGCUGUGUGACGAUAUGAGAGCGUCGGCGUCCGAACUGGAGAGAAAAUGGCGCCGCUCCCCCAAGGAGAGAGAAGACCUUUUGAAGAAGGUCGAAAUAUGGCGCCACACCGUGCGGCAUUUGUUGACGGAUGGCACCGACGAUGAGGACGUCGUCUGUGGACUGAGGUUGACGGGAGCGGAGCUUUCUGCGCGGCUCCGUCAAUCGUUUGCUCCUCAAGAGAAAGGACGUUGGCUGGUGACAUUUCCGAAAUGGUGUCACGACUCCCUAGAGUCACUGAAGAAAGAAAUAAUCGUGUGGGAGGCAGAGACAUCCGGGCAUUUGCAGAUGGAAAGUGAAUGCCGUCUGCAAGGAUCGAACCCGCUGAUUAUUUAUUCGAUGGUCGCCGGCGACGAAGACAGUCGCGUCUUUGUUGGCGAUUGUCGAAGCGGAACGAUCCUAGAAUUCAUCAGUGAUUCUGGGGAAAUGGUCGGCCAAUGUCCCUUAAAGGAAGGAGGAACGGACUUCUGCCCCUGGGACAUGUGUCGCCUUUCGGGGGACAUUUUGGUUGUCUGUGGCCUGGAGUUUUUGAAGGACGAAGGAGGAACAAAUUUUUGGGGGUCGGGAAGAAUUUUCUUUUGGCACUAA